CGCCCCGGCGGCAAGAUGCUGCCGGUGCACCCGGAGGUGAAGCCCAACGCCAGCCCGCUGCAGGGCGCGAACCUCUGCUCGCGCCUGUUCGUCUGGUGGCUAAACCCCUUGUUUAAAAUUGGCCACAAGCGGAGAUUAGAAGAAGAUGACAUGUACUCAGUGCUUCCGGAAGAUCGCUCCAGGCACCUUGGGGAAGAGCUGCAAGGGUACUGGGACCAAGAAGUUCUGAGAGCCGAGAAGGAUGCACGGGAGCCUUCUUUAACGAGAGCAAUCAUAAAGUGUUACUGGAAAUCCUAUUUAGUUUUGGGAAUUUUUACAUUUCUUGAGGAAGGCACCAAAGUAGUUCAGCCCAUGUUUUUGGGGAAAAUCGUCAGUUAUGUUGAAAACCAUGAUCCCACCGAUUCUGCCGCUUUGUACGAAGCCUACGGCUAUGCUGCAGGGCUGAGUGCCUGCGUGCUCAUCUGGGCCAUCCUGCACCACUUGUACUUCUAUCACAUUCAGCGUGUGGGGAUGAGGCUAAGAGUAGCCGUGUGCCAUAUGAUUUACCACAAGGCCCUUCACCUGAGUAGCCUGGCCAUGGGCAAGACCACCACAGGCCAGAUAGUCAACCUGCUGUCCAAUGAUGUGAACAAGUUGGAUCAGGUAACGAUGUUCUUGCACUUUCUGUGGGUGGGGCCACUGCAGGCUAUCGCAGUGACUGCCCUGCUCUGGAUGGAAAUAGGAAUAUCAUGUCUUGCCGGGAUGGUGGUUCUAAUUAUCCUUCUGCUUUUGCAAAGCUGCAUCGGGAAGCUGUUUUCAUCACUCUGGAAUAAGACCGCAGCUUUCACAGACGACAGGAUCAGGACCCUGAGCGAAGUUAUAACUGGCAUCAGAACAAUAAAAAUGUAUGCUUGGGAAAAGCCUUUUGAAGACCUUAUUACCAGUUUGAGAAGGAAGGAAAUUUCCAAGAUUCUAAGAAGUUCCUUCCUUAGAGGAAUGAACUUGGCAUCAUUUUUCACUGCAAGCAAAGUCAUGGUUUUUGUCACCUUCCUCACCAAUGUGCUCCUUGACAAUAUGAUCACAGCCAGCCAAAUGUUUGUGGUGGUGACGCUGUACGAGGCUCUGCGGUUUACGGGCACCCUCUACUUCCCCAUGGCCGUCGAGAAGGUGUCAGAGGCAGUCGUCAGCAUCCGAAGAAUCAAGAACUUUCUGUUACUUGAUGAGAUAUCACAGUGCAACUCUCAGCUGCCAUCAGAUGGUAAAACAAUAGUGAAUGUGCAAGAUUUCACUGCUUCUUGGGAUAAGGCAUUAGAGAAGCCAACUCUACAAGGUCUUUCCUUUACUGUCAGACCCGGUGAACUGUUAGCUGUGAUCGGACCUGUGGGGGCAGGAAAGUCGUCACUGUUAAGUGCUGUGCUGGGGGAGCUGCCCCCGAGCCAGGGGCUGGUCAGCGUGCACGGGAGGAUCGCGUGUGUUUCUCAGCAGCCCUGGGUGUUUUCAGGAACUGUGCGGAGUAAUAUUUUAUUUGGGAAGAAAUAUGAAAAAGAACGAUAUGAAGAAGUAAUAAAGGCUUGUGGUUUGGAGGAGGAUUUACAGCUUUUGGAGGAUGGAGAUCUAACUGUGAUAGGAGAUGGAGGGACCACACUGAGUGCAGGGCAGAAAGCCCGGGUCAGCCUCGCAAGAGCCGUGUAUCAGGAUGCAGACAUCUACCUCCUGGAUGAUCCGCUCAGCGCAGUGGAUGCAGAAGUCAGCAGGCACUUGUUUGAACAGUGUAUUCGUCAAGCCUUGCAGGAGAAGAUCACAAUCCUAGUGACUCAUCAGCUGCAUUUCCUAGAGGAUGCAAGUCAGAUUCUGAUACUGAAAGAUGGCAAAGUGGUCAAAAGGGGGACUUAUUCUGAGUUCCUGAAAUCUGGUGUAGAUGUCAUUUCCUUUUUUAAGAGGGAGAAUGAGGAGACAGAACCAUCUCCAGUUCCAGGAACUCCCACUCUGAGGAAUCAGACCUCCUCCAAGUCUUCAGUUCAAUCUCAACACUCUUCCAGACCCUCUAUGAAAAAUGCCGCUUCAGAGGGCCAAGAUGCUGAAAAUAUACAGGUUACACUAUCCCUGGAGAGCCGUUUGGAGGGAAAAGUUGGUUUCAAGACCUACGAGAAUUACUUCACAGCCAGUACUCAUAGGUUUAUCAUCAUUUUCCUUAUUCUAGUAAACAUCGCAGCUCAGGUUGCCUACAUCCUUCAGGAUUGGUGGCUUUCAUCCUGGGCGAAUGAACAGAGUGCCCUGUAUGCCGAAGUAUAUGGAAAAGAAAUCGUAGCUGAGGAGGUUGACCUUAACUGGUACUUAGGAGUAUAUCCAGCUCUAACUAUAGCUACCAUCCUUUUCGGCAUCACGAGAUCUCUGUUGAUAUUCUACGUCCUUGUUAAUUCUUCACAAACUUUGCACAAGAAAAUGUUGGAGUCCAUUUUGAGAGUUCCAGUAUUGUUCUUCAAUAGAAAUGCAGUAGGAAGAAUUUUAAAUCGUUUCUCCAAAGACGUUGGGCAUAUGGAUGACCUGCUGCCCCUGACAUUUCAAGAUUUCAUCCAGACAUUUCUACUUGUGAUUGGUGUGGUGGGCGUGAUGGUGGCGGUGAUUCCUUGGAUUGUGAUACCUGUGGUUCCCCUUGGCAUCAUUUUCUUUGUUCUUCAGCGAUAUUUCUUAGCAACAUCACGAGAUGUCAAACGCCUGGAAUGUACAACAUGGAGCCCAGUAUUUUCCCACUUAGCAUCUUCUCUCCGGGGACUCUGGACCAUCCAGGCUUACAAAGCCCAGCAGAGGUUUCAGGACCUGUUCAACGCACAGCAGGAUUUGCAUUCAGAGGCUUGGUUCCUGCUUUUGACCACGUCCCGAUGGCUCGCCGUGCGUCUGGAUGUCCUCUGUGCCAUCUUUGUCACCAUUGUUGCCUUUGUGUCCCUGAUCCUGGCAGAAACUUUGGCUCCCGGGCAGGUGGGCCUGGUGCUGUCUCUCGCCCUCACGCUCCCGGGGAUGAUCCAGUGGUGCAUCAGGCAAAGCAUCGAAGCUGAGAACAUGAUGAUUUCAGUAGAAAGAGUAAUUGAAUAUACAGACCUUGAGAAAGAAGCGCCCUGGGAAUAUAAGUAUCGUCCACCGCCAGACUGGCCCCAAACCGGACGCAUUGACUUUGUCCAUGUGAACUUCAGGUACAGCUUGGACGGACCUCUGGUAUUGAAGGAUCUGACACCACUUAUUGGCUCAAGUGAAAAGCUUGGCAUUGUGGGAAGAACAGGAGCUGGAAAAAGUUCCCUCAUCUCUGCCCUUUUUAGAUUGUCAGAACCUGAAGGUGGCAUUCAGAUUAGUGGGAUCUGGACAAGAAACAUUGGACUGCAUGAUUUAAGGAAGAAGAUGUCAGUUGUACCUCAGGAACCUGUUUUAUUCACUGGAACAAUGAGGAAAAAUCUGGAUCCCUUCAAUGAGCAUACGGAUGAGGAGCUGUGGAAUGCCUUAGAAGAGGUACAACUGAAAGAAGCCAUUGAAGUUCUUCCUGGUAAAAUGAAUACUGAAUUAGCAGAAUCCGGAUUGAACUUGAGUGUCGGACAGAGACAAUUGGUGUCCCUUGCCAGGGUUUUUCUCCGGAAAAAUCAGAUAUUAAUUAUUGACAAAGCCACAUCAAAUGUGGAUCCAAGAACUGAUGAGUUAAUACAAAAAAAAAUCCGUGAGAAAUUUGCCAAGUGCACGGUGAUAACCAUCACACACAGGCUGGGCACCAUUACUGACUGUGAAUCGAUAAUGGUUUUGGACUCGGGGACAGUGAAAGAAUAUAGAUCACCACGUGCAUUGGUGCAAAAUACAAAGAGCCUAUUUUACAAGAUGGUGCAACAACUGGGCAAGGACAAGGCUGCUGAAACAGCAAAAUAGGUGCGCAUCAAAAGGAGAUAGCCAGAUAUCACUCACAGUGACCCUGUGGUUAUGAACGCUUCCAGUGGACCGCCUGCAGCCAUAACAGAUUUGAGUCAGCACUGUGAUUCUACCAUGAUGUCAAGUUUAUUCCAAAGGCAUUUUUCCAGUAGUUUAA